AAACAGUUUAUUGGAACCGCCGAGAGUCCGUUGCCUUGACAACAUACCACAACGAAGUGGACUCGUCGGAGAGCGUCAACACAAAUAUACACAUACAUACAGAGUGGUAAUACUUGUUUUUUGGUCAGUGCUACAAGACAGCAUGUUUAGUUAUGAACUGAGUUUACGCAAACGUUAAGUGAGAAGACAAGAAGAGUGUUUUUUAGCCAGGUUUUGUUCGAAGCACAUCCAAAAUGACAACCGUUCAGUUUCCCUCAAGAACAAAGAGGUCAACAAUAAAGAAUUAUAAAGUUGUUCCACAGGAGGACAAACCGCGAAGGGUGACUCCAUCUGCUUACACCCAGGAGAUGUUACAGUCUACAGAGGAACACCUGGCUAAUACUAACAAGGUGCACCUGCCCCGCAUCCUGGAACUGUUUGACAUGAGUAGUGCAGCGCAUCACAAGUUGUCCUUAGUGGAUCUGGACCAGCCGCUUUUCCAGCCCUACCCAUCUGAGCUGGUUUUCCAGAAUUUCACUCCUGCACAGACUUACAAGUUACAUCUACUUCUCCUCAACAACGACAAGGUUUCACGACAAGUGAGGGUUGAGCCCCAGGACUCAGAGCAUUUCCAUGUGGUCGGUCCAAAGGAUGGAGGUGGCAAAGUUGUACCAGGAAUGUCUGCUACUUUCACUGUCUGCUUCACCCCGCUGGAGAACAAGGACUACCACCACAGACUGGUUUUUGUGACAGAGAGAGAGCGGUUUGAGGUCCCAGUUCGUGCCAUUGGGCCACGUGCCAUUCUUGACUUUCACGACGAGAUAAAUUUGCCUGUCUGUCCAGUGAAAGCUUCCACCGAGAAGACUCAUCUAGUUCGCAACAUAGGAAACAGCAAGGCAAAGUUCACACUACGCACACAGAGGCCUUUCUCAGUGACGCCCUCCUCUGGAACUCUUGAUGUAGGUGAGAGCAUGCAGGUGACUGUGGAUUUCAACCCCAUGACCAUAGGAGACCACAGCCAGGACCUGAUUCUACAUUAUCACACUGGUGAAGAUGUGUACAUCAGCUUGUACGGGGCUUGUGAGGAACUGAAUGUCCAGCUUGAGCCUGACUCUGUCCUACUGAAGAAGACUUACAUUUCCCUGGCCACAGUACACACAGUGUCACUCACCAACCAGAGUGAUGUCCCACUUCAGUACUGCUGGACAAUAUGGCCCAGUCUAGAAGAAGAGGCCUUGAGCUUAUUGAGGGAGAGCUCAGUGCUUCAGCAGAUGGAUGAGAAAGGGAAGGAGCUGUUGCUUUUAAAGUGUGAGUCUGACCCAAAAGCAGUCCAUGACCUCCCACUGCUGUCCAGAGCCCUGCAGGAAUGCAGACACCAGGCUGUGCAGGACCACUGCCUGACCCUUUCGCACAGCUGCAUAACUGUGGAACCAGCGGUGGGUGAAAUAUGGCCCAACAUGACAGCAGAGUUUGUCAUUGCGUUCAAGCCAGAGGAGGCCAAACAGUACCAGCAAACAAUAUAUUGUGAUGUCACAGGCCGUGAAUCCCGGUUACCUCUCACAAUAAUUGGUGAGGGGAUGGGACCGAAUCUCCAGCUCAACUAUAACUUGAUGGACAUGAAAAAUGUAUUCAUUGGUGACAAAGACUGUUAUGAGGUGCAGCUGUCCAACAGAGGGCUGAUUGAUGCCACCUUCAGCCUGUCAAGCCCCAACACCACUUUCGGUCGCUGUUUCUCAAUAAGUCCUGAGAAAGGUGUUGUUCCCCCUGGGGCCUGCCAGAUUGUGGAAGUCACCUUCCACAGUCGCAUCUUGGGAGCUUUUUCUGAGGACUUGCUGCUUACUGUCACAGGACAGCCUGAACCACUUACCUUGACCUUCAGGGGUUGUGUCAUUGGUCCCACAUUCCACUUUAAUGUUUCAGAGCUUAAUUUUGGAGAUGUAGGCUUUGGUUUCCCAAGAACAUCGAUUUUUUCCCUCUUCAACACCUCCUAUGUGCCUAUGACUUUUGCCCUGCGUGUCCUGGGUGACGGUAUGGGCCCUCCCAGUGUGACUUGGGACAAGCAGUUAUCUGACAGGUCCCAGAACAGCUGGCAAGUCAGUGCUGCUAGACACCUUCAUGCACAGCCUGUGGAGUUUACCAUCAGCCCUUCUGCAGGUUCUGUGCCUUCCAUGUCAGAUGUCACCAUUAAGGUGACGCUAUGUGCCAACACAGUGAAGAGAUACAGACUGGCACUGGUGGUGGAUGUUGAGGGUGUCGGGGAGGAGAUCAUGACUCUACCUAUCAAUGCCAGGUGUGUUGUUCCUGAUAUUAUGGUUGAGACUCCAGUGUUGGACUUUCAAAGGUGUUUCCUCAAUUACUCUUAUGAACAGAAAGUGUGUCUGAUCAACACCAGCGAUCUACCUGCUUGCUACGGCGUGCUUGACCAGGAAUAUGAGGAGAGUCCGUCGCUGCGUUGUGGCAGUUCCGUACCCAGAGGAGUGAUUUUUCCUCACAGUUCAGAAGAGAUUCCUGUCUUUCUGUUGGCUAAUGCCGCUGGACCACUGCAACACACUCUACGCAUUGCCGUCUUUGGCAGUGUCCACUCACCCUUGGAAGUGGUCUUGUCAUGUAUUGGACAGGGACCAAUAGUCCAUAUUCAGAGCACACAGCUGGACUUUGGCAGAAUCCAGGUUCUGAUGGACAGCACCAGAGCUCUGCACCUGUCAAACCAGUCACCUAUUCCAGCCCACUUUACUGCCCGGAUGAACUGUAGAAAGUCAUUUUGGCGUGUUGAGCCCAGUGAGGGGGAAGUGCCUCCAGAGAGCCAGCUGGAGCUCAGGGUAGUGGCACACCUGAAGGACACGCUUCACUUUGAGGACAAGCUACAGGUGUCCAUCCAGCACAGUCAAACCCACACUGUCCCUGUGUCUGCCACAGGCACUGGCACCACAAUUGUCAGUGACAGGUCUUUUGCUCCUAGCCUCGACCUAGGCACACACUUCAGCCCUGGGUCAUGCCAGUACCACUUCAAGCUGACCAACUAUGGCCAGCGAACACACCGGUUGUAUUGGCGAAAUGAUAGCAUCCGGUCCUCCACACAAUCCCGCAAGGGGGGUAACUUAUCUGGUCGAACAGUCCUGCCCCCCAUCUCAGCUUCCAAGAAGAAGGACAUUCAGGACCAUGGAUCUGUGCUCUCUUCGAGCAGAGAGAAGCCAGUGUUCAGCCUCAGCCCUUCUCGUGUGGAGCUUUUUCCAGGCUGCUCUGUUGAUAUGGUGCUGACAGGUUCUUCAGACUGCCCCAAGAUCGUACAGGAGCGUCUGAUGUGCGUUGCCAUUGUGGGUUGCCAGAGUACUUACAAGCACGUUAUGUCUGUAGAUGUUACCUGUCACUUUGUUGCCACAAUGCUUAGCAUUUCACCCAAGCAGCUGAGUUUCUACACAAAGAAGGUACCAAGAAAGAGUCUAAAGCUCCUCUAUGAGAAGAUGAUUUUGACGAAUGUGUCAUCUCUGUCUCUGUCCAUGGAGCUUUCUGUUGUUGAGCCAUUCUCUUUGUGUGAGGCCCCGGGAGCCCAGAGCUCUACCGCUAAGUCUGUGGUUUUAGGUGACGGAAAACAAGCUGAGUUGUGGGUGUGCUUUAAUCCAGCUUACUAUCCGGAUCAGGUGUCUCAAGUUGUGGAUGAGCUCCUUGAAGUCCACUACGAGGGACACCCACAGCAAGACAUAGUGAAACUGCAUGCUGAGCUCCACUUUCCCAACCUGCACUUCUCCUCCACCUCAGUGGAUUUUGGCUGUGUACUGAACUACACAGAGACUCGAAGGCAAAUCUUGGUCACAAACUGCUCCCCAAUUCCUGUGUCCUACUGCUGGGCUUUUCUCAAUGACCAGGAACACAGUACCAUCAGAGAGACAGACAUUCCAGAGGCAAAGGAGCACAGCAAUUCAGAAAAUGAGACUGAAGAAGGGUGGAGUUCUUCCAGAACAGCAUCUUGUGCCUAUUCAUUUCCAUUUAGCCCCAGGCCUGGUGGAGAUGAACAGAGAAGCACACAGAGCACUGCACAGGUAUUUGACAUCCUGCCCAGUUAUGGUCAUCUGCAACCAGGGGACAACCAGCAGGUCACGUUCUGUUUCUACGGCCAGGAAAAUGUCAGCAGAGAAGUGAUGGCAUUGUGCCAUGUAGAAGAGGGCCCGACAUACAAAGUCAAACUCAGAGGAGAAGCAUCAGUAAUCAGCUACAGCCUUGACUCUAGCCAUGUCGACUUUGGUCUGCAGCUGUUUGAUCAUACAGGGGAAGCUAAGGUGACCCUGAGGAAUACUGGCAAGGUGGGCUUCAAAUUUAGCAUCAUAGACCCUCAAACAGAGGAUGGGGUAGAUGAGGUGGGAGGGGGACACAGAAAAGCUCUGGAAGAGGCCACACAGCAGCCAGAUGCACAGCAGCAAAAUGAAUAUGAGCAAAAUGAAAAAGGACAGGAUGUCAGACCUGGUCGACCCAUUGUCAUCCCCACCAUGGGUUACAUUGAUGCCGGUGUAGAGCAAUGUCUGCGUGUGCUCUACCUCCCAGGCAUCCCUGAUCAGUUUGAGAAGAAGAUUCAGCUGAGGGUGGCUUUCCUUCCACCGCAGGACAUCAUUCUGACUGGAGAGGGAGUGUUCCCAAGGAUCAGCCUAAACCUGCCACAAAAUCUGUCAGAGGAGUGCUACAGUGAUGUGGUGCAGCGGGCCAGGACAGCUGUGGAGGCAGAUGGAAUCAGAGAGGAGCUUAUGAAUGGAACUACCACUGGUAGAGGAGGAACAACAGAGGCCAACUGCAUGCUCACACAUGAAGAGCUGCUUCACAUGGAGAUUGAAAGAAUGUUGGUCAAAGAGAAUGCUCUCGCUGUGACCGGUAGCCUGCUGGAGCUCAAAGGCUUGCAAGAUUCCUCCAGAAAGUGGCACAAACUUAGCAAGUUCCUGCUCCCAGAGUAUGUUUUGGAUUUUGGUUACGUCAUUCCAGGCCAAGUCCUCUGUCAUACAGUAAAUGUUACCAAUACUGGGUCAGUGGCUGUGUCCUUCCAUGCCAAUCUCAAACCUCUAGUUGGCACAGGUUUCAUUGCAGAAUUUGAAAGAAUAAAAAACCUGCCCUGCCGUGAGACACAGACUUUCACAGUUAAAUUUGAUCCCGGAGAAGCCAAGGCAAAGAUGGGAGACAUGACUGUUGUCAUGCCAAUACAGGUCACACAUGGUCCAGUCAUCCCUGUGCGGCUGUGUGCAGUGGUGACGGUGCCGGCCAUCACUAUUUCCACAGACACCCUGCACUUUGACACUGUGCAGUGUGGCAUGUGUCAGAUGAAGACAAUACAGUUGUUUAAUCAUGAGUCUGUGCCUUGCUACUGGAGCAUAGCUGAGGAGGUGAAGCCUUUCAAAAAGGUGGAUAAGUUCCUGCCACUGCACCAGCGUAAAAAGGUCUUGCAGCAGCAGCAGCCACCUCCAGCGGUGUUUGAAAUGAUUCCAAGCUCUGGCAUGCUGUCACCUGCUGAACGAGUUAAUGUCCAGAUAAAGUUCAGCCCUGCUGAGGGGCAAUCUUACAGCAGGCAACUUGUUGUCCGUGUGGCUGAUAGCACCCAGCAGGUGUUUGUUACAGCUUGGGGACAGGGUGUGGAGCCACAGCUUGAGUUCUGCCCGUCUGUGCUGGAGCUGGGGCCUUGCCUGCCGGUCAGCACUGAGAUUGAAGCUGAAGUCACUGUAAAAAAUCCCUGCUCUUUCCCGAUUGAAUUUUACUCUCUGGAGUUGGACACACAGUAUCUAGAAGAAGAAAAGAUCCUACGUCUGAUGCUGGGUUACGAUGAGAACAACAAAUUACUGCUGCCUCCCAGGGCCCCUGGAGAAAGUCUUCCCAAAGAACUGCUCGAAUAUUACAAGGAACACUGCUCCCAGCUGAGAGAUGAUGCAGAGCUAGAGGCAGGCUUGAAUAAAAAAGAAGUUGGGACAGGUGACACACAUGAGGAAGAACAUAGGUCAAGACAAAACGCUACGCUACUAGACAGCAAAGAGGAUGAAAUACACAUUAUAAGUGUGAAACCAACUGAAUUAUUUGUUCCUGAGAUGACCAUAGAGGGAUGUAGUGGGAGACUGGGGCACCUAGACAUGAGUCCGGUUUCCAGAGCAAUCGCCCGCCACAUGGGUGUAGACCUGUCACCCCAGGGUCUGGCUGCACACAACCACAGAGGCAUUGCAAUCAUUGUGUAUGGAGCCCCACUGACAGAUAAAACCACCGUAGUAACUGCCCUGGCACAUCACUAUGGAGCAGCAUGCCUGAGUGUUGAUGCUGUGGUUACAGAUGUGCUGAUAAAUGGCACUUCACCUGUUAGCCUGACUGCAAGACAACUCUAUGAAAGUUUUGCUGCACAGUAUGCUGAGAAGAAGGAUGGGGUGGCUGUUCAGGCUGUACCUGGACUUGCAGCAGAUCUUGAAGGCUCGGAUCCAGCUCCAAAGUCAGCUCCAUCUUCACACAAUACUGUGACGGAUCUUGCAAAACCCAGCGAGAAUGCCAAGGCUCCUCAGGAGACUGAAAGCACACACUUUGCCCUUGCCCUGGGGGGAGAUUUGACCACACUCUGCAGUCUCUUGCCUGAACAGCUACUGGUUGAUAUUCUAGCAGAAAGAUUCCAGCUAAGCGACUGUCACCGUGGUAUAGUGAUUGGGGGGCUGGAGUGUGUGUACACUCAGUCAGUGGCAAGCAUGCUGCAAGUUGUUCUCAAGGCACUUAACAACCGCAAACACAUCUAUGUAAUCAACUUGUCUGACUCCUACGCUGCCCUGAAGUCACGGGAGAGAGCACAGAGAGAAGCUGAAGAGGCUCUACAGAAAGAGAAAGCUGACAGGGAGGAGAAAUGGCUGCAGACACUAGAUGAGGAGGAGUAUGAUGCUCUGCCAGAGGAGGAGAAGGAGCGUAUUAUGGUGCGUCACAGGGAGAAGCUCAGACAAAAGAAACUCAGGGAGCUCGAAAGACUAAUGAAAGAGGAGGAAGAAAAGAGGCAGGAGAUGAAGAAGUUGAGAGAAGAAGAGUUGAAAAAGAAGAGCAAAAAGGGUGGAAAGAAGGACACUAAAGACGUACCACUGAAGAAAAGCUUGCUGGAGGGAAAACAGUCAGCAGAUGUAUUAAGGGUUUCAUCAUGUGACAACUCUAUAGAGUCACUAGUGGACGCAAGAGAGCAGCAUAAUUUAAAUGAAGUGCAUCAUAACAAAGAGGCUGAAGAUUCUCAAAAACAGAUAGAGGAAACCAGCACAUUACAUGCAGAGUCUCCUCAACCCACUGAGAAGCUGGAAAGAGAAAAUUGUACAGAAAGUACAGUAAUGAAGAUGCUAACAAAAGAAAAAGAGCUGAAGAAAAGUAAAACCUGGGCAGAAAGAGACAAUAAAGAACUAUCAGGGAAGAAGGACCUGCCUGAUGUUAAGGAGUCAACAGCUGGGCUGGAUGGUCAUCCGAUGUCUCUCUGUAACACCUCUAAAGAGUCACUACUGGACCCAAAGGAGUAUCAUCAUUUAAAUGAGGGUGCCAGCAGAUUGCAUCAAAGCCAUGAAGCCGAUCAUUUACAUGUCAAGAUGGACAAAUCCAAGGCAGAAGCUCCUCAACCUGCAGACAAGCUGGAUGGAGAAACGUCCAGUGUAGAUGAGCUUCAGUCUCAGUUCUGUGCAUAUGAGCAGAUCCAGAAACAGGUGGAACACAUCCUGCAGCACUGGGACCGAGCCCAGGGCUUAUUGCUGGUCCCAGUCCCAAGUGAAGAAGCCCCAUUGGUGUCAGAUGAUGCCACAACAGGGAAACAGACCCCUUUUAGCAAGAAGAGCAAGAAAGCCAGCAGCAAGGCCAUGUCUCCAAUGUCCAAUCAGAUGCAAGUACCAUUUGAAGCAGACAAGACAGGAGACAAGGUGUCUCCCCAGGACAUCAUCCCUCACAUAGUGCUGAAUGUAACAGGGAAAGACAACUUGAGUGCAGUAGAGCUACUGAAAGGGAACACCCUGCCUUCACUGGACCAGGUUUUGAAUGAUUUGGGUUUAGGAGCCAGCGGCCCCCCCAUCCCUCCUGCCGUCACCUUCUCCAUGGUUCCUUUCCCCAAAAACAGGCAGCAAUCUAACAGUAAACUCACCUGUGAUAGUUUCACCUUCCUGGUUCCAUUAAGGCUGGGUGAACAGGGUGAGGUGAAGAAGGAUGCAGAACAAGAUGUACAAGCACCAGUUGUAAAGGAGGAAGCAACACUUACACCAUCCAAAAGCCAUGGCAAGGGCAGCAUUAAGGAGAGUGCAGUAGCAAAAGACCAGGACAAAAAGGGCAGAGAGAGUCAGAGGAGCAAGAAACGAACACUGCUACACAUCCCCUCUACACCUGACUGCACCGAAACACCACAACAAGACCAACACCAAGGAAAGCUAGAGCUGAAACGCAACCAGAGAUUGACAACAUUUCGCUGGGUUGUACCAGCUCAUGGCGAGGUGGUUCUGAGGAUCUGGUUCUACUCAGACUCCCCAGGGAAGUUUGAACAGACCUUCAACUUUGAACUGCUGGGCACCCAGAGACACUACCAGCUGCUCUGUAGAGGAAUUUGCACCUACCCCUCCAUCUGCAAAGACCACACGACUCUUUUUGCCCACAGUAAGAAGGUGCCACAAAUGCAGGAGGGGAUCCAAAAGACUUACGUGAUUGAACCUGAGUACUUUGAGUUUGGACCUUUACUCUGUGGCAAGACCAGAGACAGAUACAAGGAAAAUAGGUAUCCAGAGAACACAGAAAGACUAGUGAUUCAUAACAAUUCAGGUCUGGAGGCUGAGGUCCAGUUCCGUUUCCAGCAUGAUGCCCAGGCCACCACAUAUCUGCUGGACCCUCCAGCCAUGACUCUCAGACCUGAUCAGAAACAGGAGUUGACCGUGUGGGCCUACCCAACAAAACUGGGACAAAUGAAGGACAGUGUUGUUUGCUAUAUCAAGGACAACCCAGAGCUUGUCCUCAUUGGCUUCUCAUGUUGGGGUGUUCGGCCAGAGUUGAAGCUGGAAAGCAAGCAUUUGCACUUCGACAGGAUUUUGCUGCACAGGCAGGACAGCCGUAGUUUAAUGCUGCAUAAUAAGACAGCUCUGCCGGUAUCCUGGAGACUGCAGGGUGUGGAGGAGUUGGGUGAUGAGUUCAGUGUACCACAGGAUCAGGGCAUCAUCUCAUCAAACUCCUCUUUCCCCCUGAGCUUGCACUUCAGGGCCAGGAAGCCACUCCACAUUAAGAAGAUCUUACGUCUGGAGGUAUCUGAUGUGGAGAAAAUUCUAGGCAUUGUGCACACUGAAAACAUACAGGUCACUGCUGAAGCCUAUAAUAUAGCUCUGGACAUCUCACCAGAUGGCUGUCUGGAUUUUGGAACCAUGAAAGUCUUCGAAGAGAGCAAAUUGUCUCUGAGGAUGAAAAACCAAGGAAAAUACGAAAUCGCCUACAAGUUUACACUUCAGCAGACCGAGCCAAAGCAGCCAGCCCUUGACUCAAUUUUCACGGUGUCCCCCCACAGUGGGACUCUAAUGCCCCAUGACAAGCCCACAACAUUGCAGAUCCUCUGCAGACCCAAUAUGGAAAUCUUGAUCAGAGAGCAACCUGUACUGUCUUGUCAGGUAAUUGAACCCAACAUCGGGAAUGGAGGAGAAACCAUAGCCCUCUUAGCCAUCAAGGUUUCAGUCAAGUCUGUCUUCACCAGCUACAAAAUCACACCUGCAUGUGACAUCAACUUCGGUCCACUGGUUUACGGCUGCAAGAGAAGCCAGAACUUCACUAUUGAGAACAAUGGCGCCUUUGAGACCCGUUUCAUCAUCUGCCGCAUGAUCGCUGACCCUGCUCCACCAGAGAGGCCAGGGGGUCCAAGUAAGAAGAUUCCUCAAGAGAGCCACUCAGGGAGGGCUACUGGUGCCAGUAGCAAAGUUAGACGUGAGUCCUUCCAAAAAGACAUGAAGAUUACCCAGAAUAACCUCACCAUGGGGGUGUUCUCAGUGUCUCCCUGCUCAGGGAGCCUUCAGCCGGGGUCUCAGCAGGUGGUGACAGUGAACUGUCACGCUGAGCAGCUGGGCAACUGGAACCAGGGUCUGCUUAUCGACAUCAGUGACCGUGACCCAUCAGACCAGCCUGAUGGCAUACCGUACAGACUGCUGGCAGAGGUCUGCAAACCAGGCAUAGUGUUAGAUGUUGCCUCCAUCUUUGAAGAACACCAUCUGUGUCACAACAGCAGUCAGCUGUCCUCUGAGCAGUUUUGCAAUGCUGACGGCAUUUACGUCCGAGAGGAGAACAAGUUUAUUUUCAACAAAGUUCUCAUUGGGCAAACUGCGCAGGCCCGCCUCAAACUCGCCAACAACAGAAAGGUGCCCUGUGUGCUCAGCCUGGCCAUCAAAAAUGCUGGCUUUAAGACGUCCCGUAAUGUGGAGGCUUUUGAUUUGUCUGCUACAACACUGAGCAUCCCCAGCCAGUCACACUCAUUCGCCACAGUCACCUUCACACCCCAGACGAUGCAGUUCUACAGUGCUGUGUUUGAGGCCACAGUGGAGGGAACCAACAGAAUGACACCCACAUUUAAGAGUAAGGUGCUGGAAUUUGAGCUAAUGGGAGAGGGGAAUCUGCCUAGUGUGUGUGUGGUGCGUCCAGCUCUGAGGAACAGUGGAGAAAUCCCAGUGCUGCAGUUCAGACGGGUUUUGGUUGGGCGCAGACAUACUUUGCCCCUAGUGCUGCUAAAUGAUGGAAAUGUUCCAGCUCAGGUCCAAAUUGACCUGCUGGAUAAACAUGGAGUGUUUACACUCCAAGCUGCUUCUGGUAACACUUGUAGCUCCAUCCACUCCACACAACUUGAAGGCACCACUGAUUCAGAGCAUCACUUCAUGCACAGAGCCAAUCUGAGGCUGAAUGUUAACGCACAGGUGGAGUUUGAGGUCAGCUUCUGCUCUGACAAGCCCCUGAAUGUCAAAGCCAAGAUGUUACUGCAGGUGGAGAACAACCAGUACAGCGAUACCGUAAUACAAGUGGUCGGAGAAGCUUACCAGGAAAUCGUCUCUCUUUGCAACAUCAGUGGGUCAUCGCAGGAAAUAGAUCAGGAAGAUGAUGAAGGAGGUAACUAUGAAGUGCUGAAUUUUGGUGACUGCCAUGUAAACUGUCCCUACCAAGAGAGUUUCACCAUGACCAACCACAGCAGUAGCCAGGUGGUGAAGUUUGAGUGGCCUGCUGCUGGACCUCAUGUCUACUUUUCACCACAGGUGGGACACCUUCAUGCUGGUUGUUCCAAGGAAAUGACUGUCACCUUUUGCUUCAGUCAGCCAAUCACUCUGACCAGCCAACCAGUGAGAUGCAAGGUUUGUCAGGUGGAGUUCCAGGAGCCACUAGAGCAGGUGACUGACUGGGACGACCGACAGAGGACGGUACAGUGGCUGAGUUCUUCCACGCAUGCUUUGGGAGCACCACAGCUGCCUGUUAAGAAGAAGGUGAUUAAGACAGAUCCCGAGCCCUGCUGCUCUGUGGUAGAGGGCUCCCAAUGGGAUUUGGAAUUGCGAAUCAGUGCAGUUUGUGACUACGUGAAGUUCAGCUGCAACACUGACAUGAUUCACUUUAAAGACACCAUGCUUUACCAAACUCGGAUCCAACAACUGCAGAUUGUUAAUAAUGGAAAUGUCAAGCUGGAAUUCUCCUUCCAAGUUCUCAUGGAACCAAGCAACAACACUGUCAACCAUCAGCGUGAAGAUGAGACCCUUACCUCUCGACCAGGCAGCGGGUCAGCAGCACUGUUAACCACAGCCCGUCCUGCUAGUACGCUGGCCAGUGUGAUGUCUCUUCUGAUGGGGAAGCCUGAGCUUCCAUCCAUCAGCGUUCAGCCCAGCACAGGGGUCAUAGAGCCUGGUGCAGUGCAGAAUUUCAGCAUCUGCUUUUCACCCCUGGAGGUGGCCCGGUUUCACGCCAGGCUGAUCUGCAGUAUCCCCAACUUACAAGAUGGGGAUCAAGCUCCCUGUAUCUCUGUGUGUGGCCGUAGCCUGUUGCCCCACUGCCACUUUGAUCUGGAGGACUCAGACUAUGUCAGGGGGACCCACAGCAACCCUGAAUUCAGGGGCCCUCUGGACCCUAACACCAGGGUCAUAGAGUUCAAAGCUGUUGGUUUGUCGUCACCAUCAACAAGAUGUUUUAGUGUGGUGAACCCAACCAAUAAACCCUACUCCUUCAAGUGGAGGUGUGAAGACACAAGUAGCAGCCCAUUCUGCUGCCUCACCCCUUGUGGUACCAUCCUGCCGGGGAAGAAAGUGGAAGUGUGUUUUGAAUAUGUUGCUGAGCAGAUGGAUGUGGUGGAGUCAUUCUGGAGCUUUGUAAUUGAGACUCUGUCGCUGUCUGUCCCCUUCCUGUGUGUGGGCACCACUAGAGAACCACUUGUCUAUCUCGACAGACCUCACGUUGACUUUGGAGAACCGCUUGUUGGUCGCAAAGUUGAAAAAACAGUGGAUUUGGUAAAUGGAGAGGAGGAGCCCUUCCAUUUCUCUGUCCUGCAGUCAUCUCUUCUCUGUGAUGACCAGCAGUCCAGCCUCAUUUUGCAGCCCAUGACUGGCACAAUAGCACCCAAAAACAGGUUGCCAUUGUCAGUGUCCUUCACUCCUUGCCGUGAGGGCUAUGUGAGCUUCAGAUUGGUUCUCAGGGUAAAGAGGAAGUCAGAGCCACUUGUACUCACAGUGAAGGCUGAUUGUUUCACCAUGAGCAUGUCAGUUCAAGUUGAGAUGCCAGGUGGGGGCCUAAAAGAGAUCAGUCCCAAACACCAAGACACUCUGGACUUUGGAAAGGUACAGAUUUCAGACCAGUCCAUCUUUAAUUUCCUGGUGACCAACCUGGCAAGAUUCAACCUGGAAGUGAACUUUGACCUCACAGGUCCCAGUGAGUUGCUGCAACACCUGGAAGCAAAACCACAAAAUGCUACUGCUGAGGUUGGGAGGCAGCUGAGAUUUUCGCUCUUCUUUUGUCCCCGGAGCAUUUGUAACCUUCAGGACGUCACACUGAGUAUCAAGGUAAAACUCGGGCCAACCUUUACCUUUGCCAUUAAAGGCAGGGCUGUGGCGCCUAGCCUUGAAUUCUCCUUCACCAAGUACAACUUUGGCAAGUGCUUCCUGUACUGUCCUGGCAUGGUGCCGACCUCCCAGACUUUAGUGAUCACCAACAAAGGCGAAAGGGACAUCAGUGUCCAGUGCCAGUACAGGAACACCUCUUACCUGGAGAUGGACUUCCAACCAGAUGUUUUGUCCCCUGGUGCUGUGAUGAACGUACCAGUUAUCUUCUAUCCUCGCGAGGCAUGCCGUUACCAUGAAAAACUCACCUUCAUCUUAAACAGCUGUGUCACGAAACAGGUGGACAUACUGGGACAAGGCAUCGAGAUGAAGCUGGAGGUGGAGGAUCCCAGGCAAAGGAAAGUGAAACUGGGAUCUGUCAUGUUGGGUCAGAAGGCGAAGAGAAAAGUGGUUCUGGUCAACCGUAGCUCUUUAGACCUUUCCUUUGCUCUGCUACUCAACGCAAACACACCCAUGGAUCCGAAGGAUCUGGCAUUCAGUCCAGCAGGUGAGGUGAGCCUGAAAGCCAGAGGUGGUUCAUGUAAUGUUGAGAUCCAGUUCACACCUCAUCAGCACAUACCGCCUUUCACUGCUGAGCUGCAGGCAGAGUUUGCAGGCCUGUUACACCCCCUGCUGGCCAUCCAAGGCUGCUGUCAGGGCGUGGAAGUCCAGCUGGACCAGGACCACCUUGCCUUUGGGGCUGUUGUCCAGCAUUGCCAGGCUAGGAAGAGGGUUGUCAUGAUGAGCACUGGGGACAUUGGUGCCAGGUUCCAGUGGAAAACAAAUAAUUUUCCCCCAGAGCUGUCCAUCACACCAGAUAAAGGCUAUAUCUGUGCAGGAAUGGAGGUCCCUUUUGAAGUGACUUUUGCCCCUGUGCAACUGAGUAAUGAUACACGAUAUGAGAAUCUGUCCUGCUGUGUGGAAGGCUCUUCCUCACCUGUUACCCUCACUGUGACAGGGUCCUGCAUUGCAGCCUCCACUAACAAAGAGGUGGUUCAUUUUGUUUGCCCAGUGCGUGGCUCUCACACCCAGAACCUGCAUGUGUUGAACCCCACAAACCAGCAUUGCAGCAUCAGACCUGUCAUAGAGGGUGAGCAGUGGAGUGCUGCACCUUCCUUGUUCCUUGAACCCCUCCAAAACAAAACAUAUGAGAUCACCUACCGACCCCUGACAAUGACUGCUGAUGGAAAGACACACCAGGGUUCAGUCUUUUUCCCUUUCCCUGACGGGACAGGCAUGCUGUACUCCCUGCAGGGAAAUGCUGAGCCUCCCAAGCCAGCAGACAUCAUUGUGCGCCAACUGCCUGCCAAGACUCACGACACACAGUUGCUCCCUGUGCACAACUGGCUCUCAAAGCAACAGCGGUUCCGUGUGCUGAUAGAGAUCCUGAAACCCGACAAGCCGGAUGCUACGGUGUCCGUCAAGGGUCUAGAAUAUAUUGAUGUCCCUGCUAUGGCGAAGAGAGACUACAAGAUGUCUUUCUUUGCACACAGAGAGGGGCAGUACAACACCAAGGUGACAUUUCAUAAUAUGGUGUCUGGUGAGUUCUUGUUCUACCUCGUUAACUUCGAGGUCACAUCUCCGGGAGUCCUGUCCACCAUAAAGCUGGUGGCCACUGUUCGCCGGACGGCCUCGGCCACAGUACAGGUGGAGAACUCCCUGACCACAGCUACCUGCUUCACCACAGAGUGCAAGUGCCCUGACAUCAGUGCCCCACCUCAGCACACUGUGCCAGGACAGUCCAAGAGUUCUCUGAACUUUGAGUACCAGCCCCUGCAUGCAGGCGAGUCAACAGCCCGGCUGACUCUGUGUAGUAAUGAUCUGGGCUACUUCCACUACGAUCUGCUUCUCAGAGCACUGCCCCCGCCACCAGAGAAAACCGUCCACUUCAGCACUUCUCUGGGCAGCAGCCAUUCUGUACUGAUUAAGUUCAUCAACUACUCUCGCGCCAAAGCCGAGUACUCAUGCAAGACUGAUUGCCCAGACUUCUAUGUGGACAAGAGUCUUGGUGCUUCUCCAGGUUUCCAGGCAGGGUCAGAGGCCAGCGUGGAGGUCUGUUUUGAACCUCAUCAGCUGGGGGAAGUGAGAGGCCAGCUCAGCCUGUCCUCCGGAAUGGGUGGUGAAUACAUCUUUCCCUUACAUGGGGUCUGCCUCCCUCCCAAAGCACAGGGCCCGUUUAGCAUCAGGGCUGGUCGCAACAUUACCAUCCCCUUCAAGAACGUCUUCCUGCAGACCACCACUUUCUCUAUUCAGGUGGACAAAUCCUGUUUUGCUGUCAAAGAGGGGGUCACUGUCCUCUCCAAAAAGACCCAAAACAUCAUGAUAUCCUUUGAGGCCCCUCCAGGAGACUCUCCAGGACCAUGGUUUGGCAGGAUGACUGUCUCCAGCCAGCGCUCUGAGGGCCACAGCAAACCUUGUUCUUGGGUCUAUUAUCUGAAGGGCUACCUCCCCAAGUCAUCUUAGAGGCAUGCAAUUGACUGUGUGAACACACAGAACUUAAACUAGAUGUCACUGUAAAUGUGCACAGACAACCACUUGGACUCCAGCCUUAAUCGUUUAACUUAUUUUCACGAUGCUUCGGUUGAAAGUGUUGCAGACAUUAUAUUAAAGCGAUGCCAUUUGUCA